AGUAACGACUCGCUUGUGUUAUCAGCCGACCGACCAGGCACUAUCAGCGGCUCAGCUCAGUUCAUGACACACAGCACAGUAAGCGCUUUAUGGGGAUCGCUACUAACCUCUUCCUGCUAAGCCGAGGAGGACUUUGAGUUUUCUCGAGAUGGCGCGUGCCUGGAUCCCGGUGUGCGCGGUGUUGAUGCUGCUGUGCGGUUCCGCGUGCGCUACACGGGACGCUCGCAGACCCAACUUCGUGUUGAUCAUGGUGGAUGACAUGGGAAUCGGAGAUCUAGGAUGCUACGGAAAUAACACUUUAAAGACCCCAAACAUUGACCGUCUGUCAGAGGAGGGGGUGCGUCUCACGCAGCACAUUGCUUCAGCCCCCCUCUGCACCCCCAGCAGGGCAGGGUUCCUCACGGGACGCUACCCUAUACGCUCAGGUAUGGCAAGCCAGUCCAAAGUGGGUGUGUACAUCAUCUCAGCAGCUUCUGGAGGAUUACCCAAUCAGGAGCUGACCUUCGCCAGACUGGCCAAAGAGCAGGGCUACUCAACCGCCCUCAUAGGUAAGUGGCACCUGGGUCUGAACUGCGAGCGCCACGACGACCUGUGCCACCACCCCAGCGCCCACGGCUUCACCCACUUCUACGGCGUGAGCAUGACCAACCUGCGGGACUGCCAGCCGGGCCACGGCUCCGUGUUCUCCCACGUGCACACACACGUCCCGUACGGCGCGCUGGCGGCGGGCGCCCUGGCGGUGGCGCUGCUGCACGCGCGAGGCGCGGUGCGCGUGCCGCGGCGGGCGGCGCUGGGGUCGCUCGGGGCGCUGGCGCUCGCCGCGGCGCUGUUCUGCGCGUUCCGGGGGACGUUCCGCGAGCUGAACUGCUUCCUGAUGCGCGGCGGGGAGGUGGUGGAACAGCCUCUGGUCCUGGAGAACAUGACGCGCAGGAUGACCGCUGAGGCCCUUCACUUCCUGGAGAGGAACUCGGAGAAGCCCUUCCUCCUCUUCCUCUCCUUCCUCCAGGUGCACACGGCACUCUUUGCCUCGGCUGACUUCCGCGGUCGGAGCGCUCACGGUCUCUAUGGCGACGCCGUCAUGGAGGUGGACUGGAGUGUAGGUCAGGUGCUGCGUGCGUUGGACCGGCUGCAGCUUGCGGAGCAGACGCUGGUGUAUCUGACCUCAGAUCAGGGCCCCCACCUGGAGGAGAUCUCUGAGCGGGGGGAGGUGCACCACGGCUCCAGUGGCAUCUACAAAGCGGGGAAGUCCACUAACUGGGAGGGGGGGAUCCGAGUGCCGGGUCUGCUGCGCUGGCCGGGGGGCUUCCCUGGGGGGGGGAGAGAGAUCUCGGAGGUCACCAGCAACAUGGACCUCUUCCCCACCGUGGUCAAGCUCAGUGGAGCCAGCGUACCUCAGGACAGGGAGAUAGACGGCCGUGAUCUGCUGCCCCUCUUGAGAGGAGAAUCCGAGCGAUCGGAACACGAGUUCCUGUUCCACUACUGCAAUGCCUACCUCAAUGCUGUACGGUGGACCCCACGAGAUGGUUCUGCGGUGUGGAAGGUGUUUUUCUUCUCGCCUAUCUUCCACCCCGAGAACAGCUCGGCCUGCUUCCACACCCACGCCUGUUUCUGCACGCCCGGCUACGUCACGUACCACCAGCCCCCGCUGCUUUUUGACCUCUCCAGGGACCCGUCCGAGAGCCGCCCCCUCGCCCCGGACACCGAGCCGGCCUUCCACGCGGUCCUGGCGGCGGUCGCCGAGGCGACGGAGCGGCACCGGCGGGGGGUGGUGCCCGUGCCGGAUCAGCUGACGCUGGGGCACAUGCUGUGGAAGCCCUGGCUGCAGCCCUGCUGCUCACACUGGAGCCGGCUCUGCCGCUGCGCCCGCGACCGCCAGCAGGGGGAGCCCACGCUCUCUCAAUGAGGCUCACAUCUGGAGCCAGAUAGCUGGAGCUGCAGCCGUGUCAGACUUUACCUGUGUGUGUGUGUGUGUGUGUGUGUGUGUGUGUGUGUGUGUGUGUGUGUGUGUGUGUGUGUGUGUGUGUGUGUGUGUGUGUGUGUGUGUGUGUACGUCUGCUCUGGAUAUCUCACCUCUGAGCGCUGAGCGAGUGUUGCAUCAUUACUGUUCUGGUGUGUGUGUGUGUGUGUGUGUGUGUGUGUGUGUGUCUGGCUGUCACUAAUACAUCCUGACUUCUCAGAGGUCAGAAGCUUGAAAGCUGGAAGCCGCUGCGUUAAAUCUUCAUGACAGACCGUGUGAAAUAAUAAAUAAUUAAAAGAACAAAUCAAAUGAAUGAA